CCCGAGGAUGUGGACAGCCACAGCAGAACGCGAAACAGCGCAGGUGAGAGCGAUCAGUCAGAACCCUGGUCCCCCUGCACCGUGCCAAGGAGACACACAGUAGGAGGGCCUCGCACUGCUGGGGACGUCAUGCAAUCCUACAACACGGACCACAGGAAAGAGGCCUUUCUUGAGCACCUGAAACAGAAGUAUCCCCAUCAUGCCACCAUAAUCAUGGGCCACCAGGAAAGACUCAGAGAGCAGAUCAGAAGCUCUGCACACAGUGUAACCACCCAGUCGACUGUAGGGGAGCCAGGGGAGCAUCUCUCUUUGGCUUCCCUCAACUCUUUGGAGGCCAUGUCGGAGGGAGAAGCCCCCUCCGCCUUCACACGAGGCAGCCGCUCCCGAGCGAGCCUCCCUGUGGUCAAGUCAACUUACCAGACCAAGGACAGGUCAUUAGGUGUACUUUACCUGCAAUAUGGAGAGGAGACCAAACAGAUCCGAAUGCCCAAAGAGGUGACAAGUGCAGACAUCAUCAGGGCCAUGUUUGUCAGUGCCUUCCCUCAGCACCUCACCAUGAAGACCAUGGAGUCUCCAAGUGUGGCCAUAUACAUCAAAGAUGAUAUGAGGAAUAUGUACUAUGAGUUAACUGAUAUCAGGAACAUCACACCACACUCUUGCCUGAAGGUGUAUCACAAAGACCCAGCCCAGGCCUUCAAUCACAACGCAAAAGCCAAUAAUGGAGAUAUUAGGAUCACAAAAGAGAGGCUUUAUAGCAGCAGACAGCAACCGGGAGGCCAAAGCCCAGUGCAUACUCUUCCCCACAGUCCCAUCCACACAAUCCAGGGCUCCACGUCUCCACCUACACCUCGUUCCAUGCCCUCCUCCCCAUCCAGGACCGCCUACAGUCACUCUGUUUCCAUGCCAGGUGGCGCUACCUUACCCAGGGACCGUCUGUCCAGCGUUCCCCCCAGUCGCUCCAUCACGCCCUGCGCCAGUGCCAUCUUGGAGCGGCGUGAUGUAAAACCGGACGAGGAUCUGAGCAGCAAGAGUGUUCCACUGUAUGGAGACCGUCACACUCCACCUGAGGCCAGGCUCAGUGUUGCUUCUCAAGGCAGUCAUACUGGAGAUGUCCCGGAUGGAGUGGCAUAUAUCCAGCAUCGCUCCUCUAUCAAGUCUACUGGUGCUUAUGCAGAGGGUCAGGACCAGCAGCACACCCUCUACAGACAGAAAUCUCGCAAGUACAGCGACAGUCAGAUCACCUCCAUGGGAUCCAAAACUCCGCCUACUUCCCCCCACAGGGUCAGAAUGAUUGACAUGCAGGGAGAGGCAGUGGAAAGGGCAUCACCUGUUAAAAGGUCUUUCCGUAAGGACAGUAAUGGAACCAUGGAGGUCAUGACCAGGGUGAGAGGCAACUUGGCCUCUCCUGUUUUUGCUGACCUUCCACGCGGUCAUGGGGAGAGGCCAUUUCAAGGACACGUGUCAACCGGAGAUCCUCAGAGUGAAAGAAUAAAAGCAAUGGAACAGCAGAUAGCAAGUCUUACUGGACUUGUUCAGAAUGCUCUUUUCAAGGGGACAAAUACCAGUGGCAUAGAGACAUCAAGUGAGAAAUCGUUGAGGAUGUCCUCUCCUGCUCAUAACAUUAAUAAUGAGGGAGUCUGUGCUGUAGCAUCGUCUAAAAACCCAGCUUUGCAUAUAGACACCCUUUCAGCACAGGCCCCUGUCGGAGACCCUGCUAUAUGCUCCAUUCUCUCAACCUUCAGGAGAAAUGUCUCUGACCUAAGACUGCAACUUCACCAACUUAAACAGAUGCAGUUGCAGAACCAGGAGGCAAUGCAGCUGAUGCUGCGACAGGCAGAGCAGGAGAUCUCUGGAAAAGCUUCAGACACUCUCUUGCACCUUGAAGACCCUGUAAAUAGACAGAGAAUCCAGGUGGAUGAAGAAAGGCACAGAUAUUUGGGAACGGAGGAGAGGGUUCUCAUUCAGCUCGGAGAGCUGGAGAGCUAUGUGGAGAAGCUCAAGCAAGAAUCCACCUCUGCCACAAGCCAUCGGCCAGUCACUCUAAAGGAUGUGGAGGAAGGGGCGGUCAAUCUACGUAAAGUAGGAGAAGCUUUGGCUUCUCUCAAAGGAGAGUUCCCAGCACUGCAGAUGAAAAUGCGUGCAGUGUUGAGGGUGGAGGUGGAGGCAGUGCGCUUCCUGAAGGAGGAGCCUCACAAGAUGGACAGCAUGCUGAAGAGAGUCAAAGCUCUGACUGACACUCUCAGUGGACUGAGAAGAUAUGGUACUGAGAGCCACAACCAUGCUUCUGAUGCAGUGCCUGCUAAGGCAGUGGCUGCUGAUGCAGUUACCUUUGUGGAGGAGUGUAGAUCAACCCAACCUGUUCACGAUUCCCCAAACCCACAACCUAGAUCUCCUGCCAAAAUUAGCUGCUCAGAGCCCACGCCCUCAUCUCCCGUAACUUUGCACCAUGUUCGGACGGCUCCCGUCACCUCACACCACCACAGCCCCCGGCUCACACCCACCCAUGGCAGGGACUCUCCAACUGUGGCGAAGGUCAGCCCUAGGAGCAGAGAGACCAGCCCUGCUCUGCACAAGAGAGCAGCUCCACAAGACCAGGAAGCCCCACUGGCAACUACUGCCAUCAGGACAACUGGAUCAUCCACAUCUCCACUGCAAGGAGAGGAGAUCACUGUCAACACAAGCAGGCCCAUGCCUGAAGAGGUUUCAGAAAGCACAGCAGAGGGGGAUGAGGGCACACCCAGCAUGGUUCACUCUGCUGGCACAGAAAUGGAAAAGGAAAUGGAUAGGAUCCUUCAGCAAACCCAGGCCAGCCUUAUGAAGGCCAUACCUAACCUGGAGUUGAGCAACCAGGUGGACAACACCCACUCCCAAACACCCAACAUCCUGCUGGACGAGGUGGACUCUCCACUCCCUGUGUCUCCAGUCCCUUUUCAAACAGAAGUCACACUGCAAGAUGGAUCUGAAGCAGAAAAACCAGUCCAGACCAGUUUGGAGAGACCACAGAAGCCGGCCAUAGAGAAGCCCCACAGGGCCAGUGUUGACAGCGUAAAGUCCAACCCGGAGACAGCCAGCAAAUCACCUCCCCCUCCUCCUCCACGUAGAUUCUACCCCUCUGGAACUGGCCUUACCACAGGACGUUCAGGAGAGGUUAUCUACACCACCCGGAAAGAGUCCACUAGCACUCAGGAGGGUGAAGAGGAGGCCCUGCAGCAUAAGCCCUUGCGUGUGCCCCCAGAGGUCAAGCCAAAGACCCACACCCCUCCCCCUGUCAACACCUCCACUUUACACGAUGAAGAGGAUGAAGGAGAUAAGAUUAUGGCUGAGCUACAGGUGUUUCAGAAGUGCACAGUUAAAGAUUUACAGCCCAGAUACAUUGUUGAUCUCACAACCAAUGAGCUCUCAGACAGGGAGAUGGAGUCAGUGCUUUCCCUCUCUUACCAUACAAAGCAGACCACCACUCACCCAUCUGAGGAAGAAAGUAGGGAAGAUAGUGCAUCAGCUGGCUCCGGGGUUAUGUAUUACAUCACGGGAACAGCAAAGACAUCAAAAGAAAGCACUUCAAGGGCAGAAAACCCAAAGUCCAAGGAAACCACUUGUCCUCCUUCAAAGGUUGCAUCUGUGAAUGCUUCAGUUGACUUAUCUAUAACUUCACUUAAAUCAGUCAAGGAAGUCCAAAGCAAGCUGAGUGGUACUCAGCAGGUGUCACCUGACCCAGUUAACUCUUUAAAGACUAGCCAUGUAGCUGGAGAAGAGGCAUCUCUCAUUAAACCCAUAGAGCAUAAGACUGAAUCGGUUCUAAAGUCACUAAAACAGGCAUUACCUGCAAGCUCUGAGAAAUUCACACCUGUUAAGAAGUCAGAGCAGCAGAUAGAACAUGCAUCCUCCGAGCAAAUGUCUUUACCUGUCCAGGAGAAGUCAUUAGGACAGGGACAAUGUACGACCACUGUUCAAGUUACACUUGUUAGCAAGGGCCCGCACAUUGUUAAACCUCAGAUUCAGUCACCUGUCCAACAGCCAAACAAUGAUGCUUCAAGGUCAACACAGCAGAAUGAAUGUAAUGGAAAUGAGCAGCAAGUAAUAAUGAGGUCAGAGGCCAGAUACACAGAGGAGGCCAGUCUAAGCCCAGACCUCCCAGGAGAAGAAGGUCCUCCUCCACCAGAUAACAUUGCCUUCAGGAUCACUAAAACCAAGGUACAGGCUCUGUCAAAUGGAGAGUACCAACAGCUGGUCAACAGCAAGGGCAUGGAUGUCCAGACUGUUAAAGUGGGCUCAGAACCAACCAUAUCUGCCCCAGAGGACUCUGGAUAUGACAGGAAGCCAGUUAUAAUAAUUUUUGAUGAGCCUAUGGAUAUCUGUCAGGCCUACAAGCGGCUGUCCACCAUCAUUGAAUGUGAGGAAGAGCUUGAGAGGGUGCUGUCAGAAGAACGAAUUGAUGAAGAAACCGAAGAGGAAGUGGAAGCAAUCUCAAAUAGUGAGUCAGUCAGUCAGAUAACACCUAAAAAUAAUGUUGUAGACACAUGCAGGAUGGAGAACCGUGUAAACGAUCAAAGGACUAGUAGUGUUGGUAAUGCAAUGCCUCUACAACAGCAAAGUUUCUUUGAGAGUCGUUCUCUUGAUGUUGAGGAUGAAGACCAUACAGAAUCUUCUAAUGGCGCAAAACAAGAUUCAAAAAAGAAAUUCAAGUUUAAAUUCCCCAAGAAGCAGCUCGCAGCUAUCGGCCAGGCCCUUCGCACGGGGAAGAAAAAUGGCAAGAAGACGCUGCAAGUAGUCGUAUACGAGGAUGAAGAGGAACCAGAUGGAACUGUGACUGAGCUCAAAGAAACCAAGAGGUUUGAGAUCAAGUCCCAUACAGACUCAAGUUCUCCCACCCCUAGGUCUUUAUCGCAAAGCCAGACCGCCACAUCCAAGACAACCAAAGACAGAACAGAGGAGCUCUGUAAGACCACGUAUCAAACAUUAGAUAGCCUUGAGCAGACCAUUAAGCAGCUAGAAAGCACCAUAAGCGACAUUGGUCCUGUAGUGUCAGCGGAAGUCUCCCGCAAAGACUCAAAGGCAAAAAGAAUUGCCAGUCAAGCAAAACCAGAGGAGGGCAGCCCCACCAAAAGGCCAGCUCCUGUGGAGCCAAAGCCCAACAAGUCUGCCAAACAUAAGAGGCCUAAAACACAGUCUCGAUCAUCCUCAAGCACUUCCACCUCCUCCAGUUCCUCCAGCUCCAGCAGUCAACAGAACUCUGGUGACUCCCCUGCUUCAAGUGGGAUUUCCUCGCCCAAAUCGCACCAGCAGUCUGGGAGUGUGGAAAAACCUGGAAAACCCCAAAAGCUCCAGGACUCCCAAAGGCAAUUCCGACAGGCUAAUGGGAGUGCUAUGAAAGCUGGUGGGAAUAGUAAACAUUUUUCCCUUGCUUUGCCUGCUUCUAAGAUCCCAGCCUUUAUACCUAGCUCAACCCGUGCUCCUAAUGCGAACGUGUCUAGGCCUACUAAUCAAACUUCUUCCUCUCUUAAGUCCUCAAUCCCAUGUCUCAGUCUGAGCUGGCCCAACUGUAGACCCAUCUUGCCCUCCAAUGACUCUAUCCAAAGCCCUCGUUCCCCUCGGCUGACUAAAGGUCAAACCCUAACCCUUCCUUCACAGACUCAAAAUUGCCCCGUCUCCUCAUACUACUCAUCCUACUCGUCCUCCACUUCUGUCUCUCCGACCUCUACUUCCUCCUCCUCCUCCCCUUCCUCUCCUUCCCUCCUGUCCCCCACUACCAUGUGCCGGGGUGGCCGAGCUGUACACAUGCUCACAAACAUCAGCAGCCACAGGUCUCUGAAGGCCAGCAGUGGCCAAGCCACUACCACACCAGCAUCCUUUACUGGGGACAUGGAAUGAGCUUUACAAUUCUCUCUUGCUCUUUGUGUUUGCACUCCCAUUCCGGUGGGAUUUAAGGUGUGCAUCUCCUUUGAGACACUGACUCAGUUAUGAUGUGUGUUGGGGUGGUAUUAUUGUUUUUGUGCAAAUCUUCUGAAAUCUUAGUAAUUCAGCAGCUUUGUAUUUCGAAAAAAGUUAACAAAAUAGAUCUAGAGCCGCAUAUGGUGCUUCUAAAUAAUAGACUUCUUUUUUUGUUUAUGUGAGGGAUUACACUUGACAGUGUUGGCUUUAUAUUUUUAGAUGUGCAUUUGAAAAUGAUUUGUUUACUUAUAUAAACUAUAUAAAAUAUACAUUGUUAUUUUAGAGAAAGGAAAUUAGAUGAAUACAGUAUGUUAUAGUAUAUUUUGUUUUAAUUAGUCAAAUUCAGUGAGGUCAAAAAGUCUGAGACUGCAUUGAAAAUAAUAAAUAGUAAAAUAAGGAAUAAAUAUUUUCUACACAAUUUCUAGGUCACUAAUCAAGACUAAGCAAAUGUAGGAUGUUGACCAUGUUAAAUCCACAUGCUCUUUGGAACAUUCUCUGAUCAUGUUAAGAGAUCAUUGAUCAUCUGGAUUUACACAAACUUGCAAAGUCCUUGGCAGCUCAAAUGCAUGCUGUCAUUAAAACAAAAGCAAAAAUAAUUAUAUAAUUUGUAAUAAAAAGUAUGUGUACUGAAUUAGAAAAGAAUAAAAAAUGUAAACAUUUUCACUAAUGGUCUCAGACUUAACCCCUUUUCAAUCCAAGAAAUGGUUGAACAGGUCUGUGGUGAUUGAUUUGACUGUUUGAAAGGUAUCUAACCAUAUUUAAUCUGAAUUAGUUUUAACUUUGCCUCCAGUGCACUGCCAGUUUAAAAAAAAAAAAAAGAAAAGAAAAAUGCAGGCAACAAGCUUGCUAUUUAUAGUAUUUUGCCACAAAACCAAGUGUUUGUUGAAAGAUUUUACAUGACAUUAGAAACAAAAGUGUAUAUAGUGUGAGUGGAUGACAUACAACCAAUGUAGUGAUUCUGUAGCCUUUCUUUGUGUUACACCAUUUUUUUUCUAACCUUUAAAUAGCUGAUGUAAAAUGCUAAAUAAUUGUAUUUUACUUGCUAGUUGAUUAAAUAAGAGGUUCAUAAAAUACCUUGGCUAUGAUAAAAAAGGUAUUUUAUCUUGCCAAACGUUACUAUGCAUGCUGUUAGAUAUUGAAUUGCAGAGAGGAUAAUGCAAAGGCAAAUGCUGUAAAUAUUAUCUCUGAUUUUGUAUAAUUGUAUAACUUGUACAAAAAUUGUGUGGAACAAAUUGCUUGCCAGAGAAGUUUCUCAAAUAAAGGGCUGCCAGUG